AUGUCCUCCAACGUCUCGUCUGCCGGCAUCACUACAGACGCCACAACCGGCGAACGCUACAUCCCUUCCUCUCUCCGUGCCGAUGGCUCGAAACGCCGCGAAAUUCGUGUGCGUCCCGGCUAUGAGCCUCCGGAAGAUGUCGAGCGCUACAAGAACCGCGCUGCCGCUGCCUGGAAAAAUCGUGGAAAAGGUGGGGUGCCGGGAGCGGAGAGCUUGAACAGCGAAGACAAGUCCCUCCAAGGCCCCAGCAACAAGAAUGCCAAGCGCAGAGAGGCCAAGCGCAAGGCCAAGGAGGGAGAAAACAACGAUACCCCUGCGGAAGCUUCCGAGAAGAAGGGAGCCAAUUCCGACAACUGGCGUGUCGCAGCUGAGAAGGACCAGCCAACCACCAAAGAACCUGUCGAACCAGUCGAUCCCGAGGCAGAGAGGGAGAAGAAGGCCCGCAACAUCAAGAAGAAGCUGAGACAGGCCCGCGAUCUUCGAGACAAGAAGCAUGAGGGCGCAGCUCUCCUGCCGGAGCAGCUCGAAAAGCUCAUCAAGAUCCCAGAACUGGUUCGUCAGCUAGAGGCGUUAGGAUUUGACUCGAACGGGGACAAGAAGGAGACAGAGAACGAGAAUGAGUGCCCCGAAACAGCCUGA